AUGAAAUAUGGAGCGCAAGAGGGGGCGGUAGUAUUCGAUGAUGCCAGGGUUCCCAGGAAGGAACACUACGUGGGUGUGAGAAGCAGCGUUUGGGGCGGUCAGGGGGAGAGAAUGGCGACGGUGGCCGAGACGGAGAAGCUCGCCCCGCACGCCAGUGUUGCUUGUGAAGACUUCAGUGGCGGGCAGGGGGGGAAGAGAGAUGCGGGGUUUGUAGACAGAGAUGGUGGACUUGGCGCCGGAGGUUUUAGCUAUCAGCCGGCGGGGAGUUAG